AUGUGGGAGAAAGUUGGGCAGAGACAACGGGAAUGGAUUCUACAGACGCCCGAAGAGAUGGAAGGUGGCCAUUACAUCAUGGACAACCCUUAUAUUUUGAAGGAAAUGAAGCCAGUUCUCACAUUAGCAAGUGCAUUUCUUGCUGAAAUGCAUACUUUACCAUUUUUGGAUGCAAUGCUCUUAGGACCUCGAAUACUGGUAGAUCAACGCACUUCAACAACUAGGUUUCCGGAAGGAGUUUAUACAUUCUGGCGCAGAGAUCAAGAAACUAGGACGGCAAAUGGUUCUGAAGAAUGUGAAAAAGCUUUUACUAAAUGUUUAAAAGCGUUACAAAAAAGAAUGAUGUGGGGGUUUGCCUCGGGUAUCCGUAUGCCAUGGGAUGACGCUCCUCAACAGAGUAAUUGUCUUGGUGUGACUCACUUAGGUUGGGAUAGUGAUGACAGAUCAGUCAUCUGGAUAUUCUUGGACAUGAAGCUCUGUGAUAUACUAUUGAGGAACGAUUUGACCUCUGCAGAGAAAGCUGGUGCCCAAUAUUACUUAGCAAUUGUCAUGAUUCACGAGUUAACACAUGCGAUUGGUUUUGACUUUCUCGACGACCCGAAUAUCAAGAUGCGCGGCGAUGGGUACGAACCAUAUUUCGAGGAUUCACCUCAGUCCGAAUUGGGGUAUGAAAUGGAAAAUAGCGUUUUUGGUGGUAUCAUCGAACCAGUCUUCAAGGCACCUGCAGCUCCACUUGCAUAUAGGAUGUGUUCCAGUUAUCCCUCUUGGUGUCACAUAAGCCAGCGAACCCCGACAACAAUUGUUAGAGAUGCGGCUGCGGACUAUAAUGAUGUGUCAUAUCUUUACUUUAUCCCGAUUCAAACUUUAGAGGAUCUGAGAAAACUGGGCUUUUGGAAUACUGUUAUUCGGCGGUUUGGCUUCUCCGCAAUUCAUGCUCGGUCAAUAAAACAUGGGUGGGGAUCGCUAACCAUGUCGCUAUGGGAAAACAAAGAUGAAUACGGUGUUCCUGAAAAUGAUAUAAUGGCAAGUGCAUCAAAAGAAGAAGAGUUCUAUGAAUUCACUCAAGAGCAAGAAAAAAAGCUCUCCGCGAUACGUGAAGCUUGCAUCGAACUGCAAAAACCAUCGAUUGCUGCUGAUUCAGGACAACGUGGUGAGAUAGCUUUACUGCUUAUCCCAAAGCUCAAGCAAGCAGUAGUAGCCCACAAGGAAAGUUUCGUUCUCCUAGAAGACUCGGAAGCAUUUAGGCAUGGAAAAUUUCGAGAUCGCCGCGCCACACUUUUUCGUUGGAAUGUCGGUACUCGUAGAUUGCUCAAUGAUAUAAUUACCGGAGUGGACGAAACACCAAAUAAAGAUGAGAAUCUAAUCGCAACUCUUGAACAACUCGCCGGGUUCCUUGCCCAGCUCGAAGAUGUGCGGUUGAAAAUCUUCCCCCCAUUACCUACUUGGACAAUUGGACAUGAAUUUAAGCCAGAGGGAAUCGCAGAAUUGAAACUAUGGCCCGAGGAUUUCUUUGCAGGAGAACUGGCAGAAUUGGAUUUCAUGUAUCAUCUCUACAAUGCAGCGUUGGAGCCCAACUUGAAUGGAUGCCGUGCUUUGGCAGCAAAUAGGAUGAUGAAUAAUCAGGGUUCGUCGUCGAUAUCGUUUUAUUGUCGCUUUGUGUGCAUGACUCUGGCGGUGGUGUGUAGUGAUGAGUGGAUGGAGAAGGAUUGGGAAGAGAGGAAUCGAGUGGUGGAGGAGAAGUUGCUGUGGUUGAGAAUUAUGAUGGAGAGGUGUACGGUGUUGUGGGGGAGUACUUUUCAGGGGUGGAUACAGUGGCUUGAGUGGAGGAGGAUGAAGGGGGAGAUGAGAAGGCGGUGGAGAGGCGGCGAGGAUAAUCAGGGUGAACUCCGAGAGGGAGAGGAGGAGGAGGAGGGAAAGGUUCUAGGGGGUCGUGGGGAGGGUGGAAGGGAGCGUGGGCGUGUGGGCAGGCGGGCGGGUGAAUUUUGUUACACGGGGGCUUGUAUGGUGGUUCUGAACAAUUGUGGGAUUGAGAAAUGA